UUUGACAGUGCGGAUUCGCAUUUUCUCUGGCUCACCCCUCCCUGAUAUACAAGGUCUCAUCCGUAACCUUGAUUUCGACAGUUUCGCUGGGUGAUUAAAUCCCAUUCUCAUCGUUUUAGACCCAGUCCUGUCUCUCUCUGUGUGUGUACAUACUGUAUAUCGUCUGUGUUGCGAUGUAUUUGUGUGUUUGCACGACUUGUGUGUAUGCAUGUAUGACCAAUAAUAUGAUAUUACGCAACAGCGUCUGCAAAGCAACUGACUGUCUAGGGCUUAGUUUGUAGGCUGUGCAUUGGGGGACAUAGCAGACGGCAAUAAUUAGAAACCUAGUGGACAAGAGAGCGAAAGAGAGCGUGAGAAUUAGAAGUCCAACUCCAAGUCUAGAACUCGCUCUCCUUCGCCACUCCUUAGAUAUCGUCCUUCCAUUUUCCGAUUCGACGUCCCUGUAGCCUGGCCUGGCCUGUUUCUUCCGUGUAUGAUCCCUGUUCGAUGACCAGGGCCUGAUAUGUUACCUUAUCCGAGAUGGAAUCCAUACGCGAUGACGGGGGCCGGGGAAUCACCUCGCCCCACUGUAGAACAAAUUCAAGCCUUUGACUUUUCAAUCCGAGGGCAGUCGUUCGUGCCCGGUGCCACAUACACCCCUACAAGUAUAAGUCCUGGCGCCACUGACCUGCGUUCUCCUCCCGUCCAAGACGAUGGCAAGUCCUGUCUUAUCUGCGGGGAUCGUGCUACGGGUCUCCACUAUGGGAUCGUAUCCUGUGAAGGCUGCAAAGGGUUCUUCAAGAGAAGCAUAUGCAACAAGAGAGUCUACCGCUGCAUGCGAGACAAGAACUGCAUGAUGUCACGACAGAAGAGGAACAGGUGUCAGUACUGUCGGCUCCUCAAGUGUCUCCAGGUCGGCAUGAACAGAAAAGCUAUUCGAGAAGAUGGUAUGCCUGGCGGCCGAAAUAAAAGCAUUGGACCCGUUUCGUUGAGCCCCGAGGAGAUUGAACGGAUAAUGUCUGGUGAGGAGUAUGCUCGCGAAGAGAUGAACGGACUGACCACUAAAAGCCCUAACGAUGGCAGUGACGGUGUCUCCCCUACCUUCUCACCGACCUCUGUAGGGUCAAGCUCCAGUGAUCACUACUUCGACUUCGCCGGAAACCCCGCCAUGGCCGUCGCCGGUGUUGCCGGCAUCAGCGCAGCCGAGUACGCGCGUCGCAUGGAGCGCGCCGAACGCGAAGCCUCACGCAAUUUGGCCCUCCUACCCGAAGUAGAAGCCCUCAUCGUGGCCGAACCGAUCGAACCGCUCACCCUGCCUUUCGAAGUCGCCACGAACCAACAAGUCGGUUACGCGGGACUCUUUGAACUCCUCUGCAAGCUCAUGGACCGGAUGCUUCAUCACCAGAUCCAGUGGACCAAACGGUUGCCGUUCCAGUCCAAGAUCCCGAUCUCCGAUUCAACAUCGCUCCUUACCACUUGUCUCAUCGAGCUCCUCCUGCUUGAAGUCAUGCGAACGCAGCCGUUGGAACUCUUCACCAAGCUUGGCCAAAUCCUGGACACCUACAUCCCCAGCGAGGAUGAGCUGCGGAAGUUCGGGCAGAAUGGACUGGAGAUUAUUGAUGUGGCUACCAACGCUCUGGCGAGAUACCGGGCUCUCAAGGUCAGCGUCCAGGAACACGUCUGUCUCAAGGUCAUCUGCUUCUUAAACCCAGAGAAUCCAAACCUGACGAAGCUGCCGGUGAUCAAGGAUCUAAGCAAGCAGUACUACUACGUACUACAUGACCACGUGCAGCUGAACAACAACAUCGCGGCCGAGCGUUUCCGCGAACUUCUCAUCCUUAUUCCGCAGAUUCGCCACCUGGCAUUGAAGUGCAACGCCAUAUCCUUCGACAAUGCACCCCUUCUGUUUAAGGCCAUCAUGCACGCGGGUGUGGCCCCACCCAAGCGCUAGUAUUUGAUUGACUUAGGUUAUAUUUGUAUGAAUGCGAUGUAAAAGGGGCAUUCAGGGGCUUGGACACGCCUACUUUUCUUUUUAAAACGAAUUGAUAGCUGUGCAUGAAGCCAACUUUGAUGAUGUUGAGAACUCCCAGUCUAUUAGCUUUUCUAUUCAGACAGAAACGUUAAGAUAAGGCGCGCUUUAGUGAAGCAAUUUUCAUUCAAGAUUUCGAUAAAUCUUUGCUUAAAGAUAAAAUGUUUCAAAGCAUACUGGUGCUAGUGAAAUCCAUUGUGUUAUUGAAACCAUGGGUUUCCUUGGCGACACACAUUAUAGAAUGUGUACAUCAAUAACAUUAUGCAAUCACCACAAGAUUUGCCAGAUGUUUUCAAAUAGUUAUUGUAAUCUGAUACAUAAUGAAUUUAAUGACACAAUGAUAACUGAUUGGACUCUAUAUAUAUCCAAUCGCGAGGAGGAGACACUCGAAUCGUAGUUAAAUAUCAUAGUCAAUAGCAAACUUGGUAGAAAGUGGUAGGGCUUAAGAAUUAGGAAUACCGAAGUUAACUCCUCCUGACAUAUAAAUGUCAAACAAAUGGUGAAAGAGAAAAAAAUGCUAUGCUCCUCCCACUCUGACCCCUUACGAUGCUGAAUCCCAGUAUAAUCUUUUUCCCAACAAGUGUUUAAUAAGAACAGAAUGAUCUGUUCAAAUUAUCAUAAUAUUAUUAUUUGCAGAUUUAAGUGCAUGUUAUAAAUUGCCUUAGAACAUAAAUCAGUAUCGUAUCUGAAUGGUAUGAUUUUGAUAGUAAAGUAUAGAGCCUGCAACUAUUAAAAAUGUAUUUAACAUGGAGGUAUGAAAGGAUGCGCCCAGCGCAGUCCAUGGUGUUGAUGUAUUUUAGAAGAAUAAUGGUGUCAGAUUACUAAAGAGGCCAUUACAAAGACCACCACAUAUAUAUGAAACAUGCCCGAAACAUGUUUUUUGUGUAACUUAUUUCAACCAUUGAAAAUGGAACUGUAAAAAAAGUAAACUAACACUUAUAUGUGAUAUAAAUAAUGGCGGAAACCCGUUCACUAACGUUUUAUCCACCAAUGUAAAUAGGUUUUUAAGUAGUUAAACAAGAUAUGACUAUGUGUUUUUUGCUUAUACUUCGUAUUAAAAUAUUAUGUGGAUGUGUGUGUUAAUAGAUAAGUACAUUGUUAAAAGUUUGUAGAGUUGAAGUAUUCAAUAUGUAUGUUGUGCUUAAUAAUUGAUUCGUGCGUGUCAGUAUUUCAUUCUAAUGAAAUUAUAUCAGUUUUAUCACUGUUCAUAGUUAUUUGCGUACAUGAUGAUGAUGAUGUUGAUGAUAAUCACAAAAUACGACGUCUAUAACGUCGAAAUGGCGUGUGUGAAAUUAAGAGGGUUCAUGUGGAACUCUUUUUAUUUUUCAUGACUUAAUUGCGAUUUUCAAAGAUUACCCUAAAUCGUUCAGGAGAGAACAACAAAACAAUUUAAUGAACUUCGAAUAAUUCCCUGAAUAUUACUCAUCACAAAACCCUGGCGAUAUCGUAAUAUUGACUAGAAUAAUGAAUAAUGAAACAUUAUACAGGGACGCAGUGCGUAUUAUAUAUAUAAUAAUUGAAUGCUAAUCAGUUUUGUAAGAAAUGGGUACCCCUCUCUUACUCAAAAGGCACCGCACAACAAGUGCUAGCGUUUAUUUACUUUAAGGUUGCCUAGGGAUUUUCUAACAGAUUUACGUUUAUAUUUCAAGAGAAACUAGCUGAAAAAUAAUCUGAUGUUCUUAUUCUUUAAAUGGGUUGUUUUUAACUAACAAAAUGUAGACGAAUUUACACAAAUCUGUUGGACUAAAGCCUCCCCAAAUCUGGACAACUGAGUCGAUUUCCUCGUGUUUUCUAACCUUUACUGCGCGGUUUAAUAUUUCCCCCAUAGUCAUCUGGUAGUUAUCGGUGCAGUCUUUAACUCUUUGUAUGCUACAGAAAACAUAGUGAUAUGGGAUUUGCCUGUGCGAAAUUGCAGCAA